AUGACACAAGUAGAAAACCAUGAACUUAGCAAACUAAAACAAGAUGAAGUAGCUAUAGUUAUGGUGCCAUUACCAGCUCAAGGCCAUCUCAACCAACUACUCCAACUUUCAUGUUUGAUCUCCUCCUAUCAUCAUCCUGUCUACUAUGUUGGAUUGGCAACACAUAAUCGUCAAGCUAGGAUCGCGUUAAAUCCUUCAAACAUAUCCAAACUUCACUUCCAUGACCUUCCAAAUCCUGAACUAAUUGCCUUUGAGACAAUAUGGGAUGCUUCUAUGCAUCUUCGCGAUCCCAUUGCUUCAUUCAUACGCGAUAUUUCAUCAAAAGUAAGACGAGUCAUCGUUGUUCAUGAUCCUAUGAUGUCUUAUAAUGUCCAAGAUGUUUCAUCUUUGCCUAAUGCUGAAUCCUAUAUAUUUAACAACAUUUCAGUAUUCUCAUGCUACAUUAUCAUGUGCUUGUUCUUAAAGACAUCUGUUCAACAUGAAGAGGAAUUGCUUAAAAAGUUGUACUCAUUUGAAGGAGUUACAACAGAUGAAGCUAUGGAUUUAUCAGAUUCUCAACAUCCAUAUAUGGAUAUUAGAUCAGGUGAUAUCCAUAACACAAGUAAAGUAAUUGAAAGAAAGUAUAUUGAUUCGAUGGAACAAGCAGAACUUAGUCUUAACAAGAAACAAUGGGCAAUUGGACCUAUUCUACCUACUAAACUCGAUUACAUCUCGAACAAGGAGGAUGUAUGUUUGGAUUGGCUCAACAAACAACCUCCAAGAUCAGUUCUUUACGUAUCUUUUGGAACGACAACUUCACUUUCCGAUAGGCAAAUCAAGGAGCUCGCGAUGGGAUUAGAGCAGAGUAAACAGAGGUUUAUAUGGGUGUUGAGAGACGCGGAUAGAGGAGAUAUCGAUAGAAAAGUUGAGUUGCCUCAAGGAUUUGAGGAAAGAGUAAAAGGGGUUGGGUUAGUGGUAAGAGAAUGGACACCACAACUACAAAUCUUGGCUCAUUCGUCUACAGGCGGGUUCAUGAGUCAUUGUGAUUGGACCUCUUGCUUAGAGAGUAUUACUAUGGGAGUGCCUAUAGGUGUUUGGCCUAUACACACUAAUCAACCUAUAAAUGGUUUCUUGGUGACAGAUAUAUUGAAAGUAGGCCUGCUCGUUAGAGAUUGGGGGAAACGCGAGGAGGUGGUAAGUGCAUCGACUAUUCAGAAUGUCGUGAGGAAGUUGAUGGCGUCAGAAGAAGGCGAUACGAUUAGAAAAAGAGCAGAAGAAUUGGGAGAAGCUGUAAGACAGUCCACAGAGAAAGGGGGAGCUUUUCAAAUAGAGUUGGAUUCGUUCAUCGCGCAUAUCACAAGAUAG